ACAGACGCAGAUGGCGACGCUAUAAAGCUAGCAAACAACAAACCAAAGUUUUUAUUAUAAUAAUUGCAAAACAACGAGUGACUGGCACGUUGUGUAGCAUUUUACUGGAUUAAUUAAUUUUUCUGACCAUAUUUAGGCAGAUAUGUAAUGCUUAAAAUAUAGCUAGUAAUCAUAAUUCAGUAUGUUGACUGGCUAGUUAGUGUUACACUUGGCCAGGUUAUACACUAAAAACAUUUAGCUAACUAGCUGGCUAAUUAUAUUUACCUUGUUGUUACAAAAAAAAAAAAAGAAAGCUCUUACUAAUUUUUUUAAUCUAUUCCGUAGGAGACGUUGAAGUUCGUUGGAGAGAAAGAGGGAAGCAGCCAUGUCGUUCAGAGAUCUAAGAAAUUUUACAGAGAUGAUGCGUGCACUCGGCUACCCUCGACUGAUCUCCAUGGAGAACUUCCGGACUCCGAAUUUUCCUUUGGUAGCAGAGAUCCUGUUGUGGCUUGUCAAGAGGUACGAGCCACAGAUGGAGAUCCCCAGUGACACUGACACAGAGUCGGACAGAGUGUUCUUCAUCAAAGCUGUGGCUCAAUUUAUGGCGACAAAGGCUCAUAUCAAAGUGAACCUGAAGCGUCUGUACCAGGCGGAUGGCUACGCGGUGAAAGAGAUGCUGAAGAUCACCAGCGUCCUCUACAACGCCAUGAAGACCAACGAGACAGGCGCUGACGAGCCCAGCUCCGACGACACCAGCAGCAAAUUCAAAUUCAACCUGGCUUCCAAAAUAGCAGAUUUAAAGGCAGCGCGUCAGCUUGGCUCUGAGAUCACGGCGAAGGGGGCAUCUCUGUAUGACCUCCUGGGGCAUGAAGGGGACCUGAGAGAGAGCAGGACUGCUGCCAUCGGUAGACCACUGGAGAUCGCUGAGGUGGAAAGAGCGCUCCGAGCGGCUGUGAAAGACGUCAUGGAGAACGUGCAGAAGACCAAGGAGAUGUUGAAUAAUGUGGCAUCCGACGAGGCGAGUCUGGAGGCCAAAAUUGAGAAGAAAAAGCAAGAGCUGGAGAGAAACCAGAAGCGCUUACAGACACUACAGAGCGUUCGGCCGGCGUUCAUGGAGGAGUAUGAGAAGAUUGAGGAGGAGCUGCAAAAGCAGUAUGAGACGUAUGUGAAGAAAUUCCACAGCCUGUGUUCCCUAGAGCAGCAGCUGGAAGAGUAUCACCGACUAGAGCAGGAGCGAUUUGAGGAAACGGAAAAUUCCAUGAAAAUGAUGCAAAACAAGCUACGUGAGGAGGACAGGAGACUCAUGACGAGUGGAGUGCGAGAGGAAGACUCUGACAUGGAGAUCCCAGAAGAUGAAGGCUCAGACAGUGACAUAGAGGAAGGACGACCGUCCAAACCAUUCCCCCUUCGCCAUGCGCAGAUACCAGGUCGAGCUGGUGGACGUCUCAUUGGCAACAUGCAGGGAGGAGACUCGGAUGAACCCAGAGUAAAGGAUACGCUGCAUCGCCCCGGCGCUGGCCGGAGGCGGAGGAAACGGAAGUCGGAUGACAGCGAGAUUGAUGUCGACGACGAUGACGACGAGGAGGAAGAGGAAGACGAGGGAAAUGAAAAUCUCGACGAGGAAAACGGCAGUCUGGAAGGCUCCGCCUCCACGCACAACCGACCAACCAGAUCACUGCACCCUCAGAUACUGGAGGAGAGUGACAAUGACUUCUAACAAGUACAGUCUAUAUAUAUAUAUAUAUAUAUAU